AGAUCUUCAUCAACAAGGUAAAAAUACACGUAAGAAACGUUUGAUGGAUAGAAACACUUCAACAAGCGUUUUGGUUGAAAUAAGAAUAAAAGCAGCUAAAACUAAUGACAACAUAUUUUGGGACGUUUUGGUUACAUCUAUAUUCAUGAUGCUUGAAGUCUAUAACACAAAAGUGAAAUCAAUUGAAUGA